AUGCAAAGAAUAGAUUCAUUCAAAGAACUUUACAAUAAUUAGCUCAAUCCUAAUUAAUAUCAUUCUUUGCUCAAGAAUAUAUUUAUGAACUGCCCCAUUCAUAAAUAUGAGCCUAUAUGCUACAUUAAUAUAAGCCAAAAAAGUUACAUUAAUUAGGAAGGAGCACUUGAUAGCAGUAGCAUUAGGGAAUAAGAUGAUUUUUAAAGUAGCGAGGAAAAUGAAGAUAUUAAAGACAUGUUUUUAAAAGAAGAUGAGGAUUAAUCAUAUUUGAAUACAUCAUAGAAUCGAUUUCUUUGUGCAGAAUGCAACUUAACAAAUGAUAUUGAUAAAAAGAAUUUACUUCCGCUUAGAAAACUCAUUUUUAAUCAAGAGAGACUCUACAAUAACUGGCCACCUUUAGAUUAAGAUUUAAAUUAAAAGAUUUAUGAAAUACUGAAAUGUUCAAAUGAUCAAUAAAACUGCAUGAUCCAAAUAGAUAUAAUAUGUUCCAAUUUAAUUGAAUAGUUCACUUAAUAAGUUAAUUAGUUAAAAAAAGAUCUUAUGCGCAUAGAAGGAGAAAAAUAUUAAAUUUUAGCAGACUUACAGAAGAUGUAUGAUGAUAUUUCAAAUAUAGACACAUUCAGAGGACUUUUAACUUAAUAACAAUAAUAGCAAACAAAUGCCUAAAGUUAACAAGCAACUUAAGAGUAAACUUCGCCUAGUAAUUCUGCCACUAAAGAAGCAUAGUCAUUUGAUAUAGACCAUCCUUUAUUGAACUUUGAUAACCUUUUGACUGCUGUGAAUCCAUUCAUGAAUAAGUAAAACUCGUAGAACUCACAACAAUAAAAUGCAGAAGAAUAGAUAGCAAAAGAAGAGACUCAAGCAAAUAAAAACUCAAAUGCAUCAAUUAAGCAAACAUAGUAAAUUGACUAUAUUAGAAAGAAAAUUGAAGAAUUUCUAGAAGAAAAGUAUGCAGAAAAGAGGGCUAAUUCAUAAAAACUAACAAAAUUAGUCUAGUAGUUAAACAAAUUCAAGCCUUUGGAGGAGAAUUUGUAGGGAAUCAAAGAUUUUGGAAAAAAAAUGCAAUCUAAACUAAAGACUUUAUAAAAUCAAAUAAAAUUUAAGCUAAAUCUCACCGAUUUCUAAAUCAUAAAAAGCCAAUUUAAGAAUUCUAGUAUGUUACAUGUUGAUCGCAACUACAAAAACUAAAUUACUAUUCAUACAAAUGGAUAAAUUUGGGGAUAAGUUUAUUCCGAUUUUAUUCUAGAUAAUCACCUUACAUACUAGUUUGUUUUCUAAUUUAAACAAGAAGUUCAAAAUUUUAUAAUCAUCGGCUUGAUACCUGAUUCAUAGAAAGAUUCAACUUCAUAAGGCUCAAGCUAAAACCAUUUUGGAAAAAUUUUUGGACAAGAAAAUGUAACUUAUUGUGGAUCAAGUGUUAAAGGGAAGUCAACUUUAUCCUUUUUGAAGAAAAAUGAGACCAUAAUGAUGGAAGUAUGUGUUGCCAAAAAUCACCUUACUUUCAGCGACUAUCCUAAUCAAAAUAAUAUUACAAAGCUGCACUCUGAAUACAGUCUUUAUUCUAAUGGUAGAUAUCGUCUUUGUAUCGAGUUUUAUGAUUUUGAUGAUGAAAAUACAAUCACUCUUAUUGAUGCAAAGUGUUAUUGA